CCACAUUAAUUAGUGCCUAAGUUUCAGAUUUUAAUUUCAGUUUUCAGACAUGGAAACUUGCUCAAAUCUUUACGUACGAAGAAGAAGAACAUCAUCUCAUCUUGGGUUGUUAUGUGAACCACUAGAACACAAGUGUCCUGUUCCAACAAACUGACAAGCUACAUUACGUCUGCGAAUGACUAGAGUCUGAUUGCUCCAAGAUUGUGUCUUGAAGACAAGUUAGCCCAACAGCAGAGCUCACCGUUUGGAUGGUCCAAUCUGGGCAAUUUUUUUUAAUUUCCUUUUCAGUCAGGAAACUUCAAAGAAGAAGACGAUGGAGGCGUCGGAGGUUCCCGUAGCAACAGUGACUCAGCGCAGCCAAAAGAGUGUAGAGAGCCAAGUCGGUCGUAUCUACGAAGGCUUCGCCAAACUUCCCCCGGACGCCCAAUUUCGAAUGUUGGAACUUAAGCGUGAGAAUCACAUAGAUUACCUAAAAGGGGGUCUCAGACAACUCCCAAGCUCCUUCUGCAUUUUGGAUGCCCUUCGACCGUGGGUUUGCUUUUGGAAUUUGCACUCAUCGGCUUUACUAGGAGAGUCUGUUGACGACCAAUUGCAAAACAACAUCGUUGAUUUCCUUAGCCGUUGUCAGGACCCAAAUGGUGGUUAUGGUGGCGGACCUGCACAGAUGCCACAUCUUGCAACAACUUAUGCUGCUGUCUGUUCACUCGUUACUCUGGGCGGUCAUAAAGCUCUUUCGUCAAUUAAUAGAAGUGAAAUGUACAUGUUUCUACGACAAAUGAAACACCCAAGUGGCGGCUUCAGGAUUCAUGAUGGUGGAGAAAUUGAUGUCCGGGCCUGCUACGCUGCAAUUUCUGUAGCAAGUAUUUUGAACAUUUUGGAUGAUGAACUCGUGCAGAAUGUUGGAAACUACAUCUUGAGUUGUCAGACUUAUGAAGGUGGCAUUUCUGCAGAACCUGGUACUGAAGCUCAUGGCGGGUACACCUUCUGUGGGGUGGCAACGAUGAUUAUGAUCAAUCAGGUCAAUCAACUGGACUUGCCGAGACUAAUUGAUUGGUUGGUAUUUCAACAAGGGAAGGAGUGCGGAUUUAAGGGGAGGACUAAUAAAUUGGUUGAUUGCUGCUACUCCUUCUGGCAGGGAGGUACUUUUGCAUUACUACAAAGAGCAUGUUCAACUAUUGAUCAACAACUGGUGAUCCCCGUUGGGGGCAAUACUUUUAAAGUAAAUUUCAAUGAUAUUGGUCAUAAUUUUGUAAAGAGAAGGGUAGAAAUGGAGCCACUUUUUGAUGGACGUGCAUUGCAGCUAUACUUACUUUUAUGCUCACAGGAGGAGAAUGGUGGAUUAAAAGACAAACCUGGGAAAUCCAGAGACUUCUAUCACACGUGUUAUGCUCUAAGUGGUCUUUCUUUAAGUCAACAUAUCUGGUCAGAUGAUGAGUCUCUACUGAUGCCGAGAGCAGUGUUGGGUCCCUAUUCCAAUUUGUUGGAACCAAUCCAUCCGCUCUUCAAUGUUGUCUUAGAACGCUAUCAUGAAGCAAGGGACUUCUUUACCACAUUCUGGCUCAGUAAUAUUAUUGUCCUUUGAGGUGAUGUGACUUGUGGAAUUUGAUUAAAUUAUAGGCAUUUAAGUUCUGUACACGUAACAUAUACUCACAUCCAAGAAUGAAAAGGCAGAUUUUCCAGUUAACACAA